AUGGGAGUACAAGAAGACAAAAACGUUGAUGAGCUGAACUAUCUCAAUCAGAUUCGAGAAAUUUUGUUCAAAGGAUACGAAAAAGGCGAUCGCACUGGAACUGGAACGAUCUCGCAUUUUGGUAUGCAGGCUAGGUAUUCGUUGAGAAAUGGUGAGUACUUUAUGUUGUUUUUGGAUUUUUAGGUUGUAUCAGAUGAAGAAAAGAUCACUAAAGAUUAAGUUUAUUGAAACCAGGAGUAAUAAGAGCUUUAGAAUUUCUGGGAAAUGAAUUAUGUUGUCUUAGGUAUACCUUAAGAAAAGUCUUUUGUGUUUUGAAGGGAUUUAUGAAGCGAUCGCUUUGAAAUUUUGAAUAGAGUAUUUAGAGAUACUGAUAAGUAGGCUGUGGAAAUUGUGGUGCUUUUUUACACUUUCGUCAAAAGUUAUGGCACUUUUUAGAGUAGUCGUCUGAUAUAAGCUUGUUUAUAGAUUUCGCUCAAAAUUUUGAUUUUGAUAGUUUUUAAAUUAGAAGCGACAGCUAAAAUACUAAUUCUUAAGUUGUUUGUAAGCUUCUUCGUUAAAAUGAUGGUAGUUUACUAAAUUUUUAUAAAGAUUUUGCUAAUUUUUCAAUUUUCAGGCAAUAUGCCAUUGUUGACAACUAAAAAGGUUCACUGGAAAGCCAUCGUAGAAGAAUUGCUGUGGUUUAUCAAAGGAGAGACCAACUCAAAGACAUUGUCAGCCAAAGGCGUCAAAAUUUGGGAUGCCAAUGGAUCACGCGAGUUUCUGGAUCAAUAUGGAUUCAAGCAUCGAGAAGUUGGUGAUCUUGGUCCAAUUUACGGGUUUCAGGUUGGUUUUUUAAAUGUUUUUUGGUUAGAAAAGGAAGAGUGUAGUUAAUUAAAGAAGGAGAGGAUAGAUUUUCAGUUAAAAUUACCUUUUUUGAAACAUAUAUUUUAGUGGCGCCAUUUUGGAGCCGAAUACGAAGGGCCAGAUGCCGAUUACACUGGAAAAGGUGUUGAUCAACUGGCUGAGCUCAUUGAGCAGAUCAAGAUUACUCCAGAUUCUAGAAGGCUGAUCCUGUGCGCUUGGAAUGUCAAAGGUAAGAUUUUUUUGGCAAAUUUUAGGUAUAAAUUUUUCGUUUUUUUGAGAUUUAAGUAUAAAUGGUCUCGUUUUUGGAAUUUUAGGUAUAAAUUUUUUGUUUUUCGAGAUUUAGGUAUGAAUGCUUCUCGUUUUUGAAAUUUUAGUCAUAAAUUCUUAUUGUUUUCGAAAUUUUAGGUAAUACUCUUUUUUUAAUGAAAUUUUAGGUAAAAAGUUUCCUUUUUAUAAAAUUUUAGGUGUAAAAUACGCUGUUUGAUUUCAUUGCCAAACUAUCAAAGUACUAAUUUCGAUAAUAAGCUUAAUUUUUUAAUCUAAAACAAUAAAUACCUCAUUUUAGACAUCCCAGAGAUGGCUCUACCCCCAUGUCACACAUUGUGUCAAUUCUACGUUCGUGACGGUCUAUUAUCGUGCCAGUUGUACCAACGAUCAGGUGAUAUGGGCCUAGGAGUACCAUUUAACAUAGCAAGUUACUCGUUGCUGACCCACAUGAUUGCUCAUGUCUGUGGCCUUGAGGCUGAUGAGUUUGUACACACAUUGGGGGAUGCUCAUAUCUACAGUAAUCAUAUUGAGCCACUGAAGGAGCAGGUAAGGAUUUGGUGGAUUUCGUUGACUUUUGGGGUUGAUUUAGGGACUUUUGGCUAAUUUUGGGGGUUUUAAGCUGCUUUUGGGUUUGUAAAGAAAGUUCUUGCUAUUUUUCGCUUUGUAAACGAAGUUUUUGCGAUGUUUUUGCUUUUUUAAUUUAUAUUUUAAAAAUUUUUCAGCUGAAACGAGAGCCAAGACCAUUCCCAAAGAUCAAAAUCGACCAGAACAUCAAAUCCAUCGACGAUUUCACCUUCGAAUCUAUCCAGCUAGAAGGAUAUGAUCCAUACCCUCCAAUCAAAAUGGCUAUGGCUGUUUAA